ACCGCAACCAAACGCACCAAUCCCGGCGACUGGUGGUGGGUCGUCGUCUUCCCCCACCGCCAUCCUGACUAAAUUACCAAAACACCCUUGUCAUUAUAAGUAAUGCCAACGGCAUUUUUAUUUAAAGGACCGUACGUGUCAAGAUACCAAUCAUUUCCUCCGCCGCUUCUCUCUCCUCCUCCUCUUCCUCAUCUCGGAGUACUCAUCACGCCCAAAAGUCGACCCACAAACAGUAAUAACACUACCAGUAGGAAAAGUGUUGUCAUUAGGGCCAUGCCUGGUUCUUCUUCAUCGCCUGAAAUCGAGAACAAUGGCGCUUUGCGUAAGUUCAAGCUGAACGAGUCGUCUUUCCUCGCUUCUCUCAUGCCGAAAAAAGAAAUCGGCGCUGACCGAUUCAUCGAAGCUCAUCCGGAGUUUGAUGGCCGCGGUGUUGUUAUUGCAAUCUUUGAUUCUGGUGUUGAUCCGGCUGCUGCUGGAUUACAGGUGACCUCGGAUGGGAAGCCAAAAGUCCUAGAUGUUAUUGAUUGCACUGGGAGUGGUGAUAUUGAUGUGGCAACUGUUGUGAAGGCCGAUGCAAAUGGUUGUAUUCAUGGAGCAUCAGGGGCAUCUCUUAUUAUAAAUCCUUCUUGGAAGAAUCCUUCUGGGGACUGGCAUGUGGGAUAUAAAUUAAUAUAUGAGCUUCUCACAGACACACUGAUAUCUCGUUUGAAGAAAGAAAGAAAGAAGAAGUGGGAUGAGAAGAAUCAGGAAGCAAUAGCUGAGGCUGUGAAGCAGGUUGAAGAGUUCGACCAGAAGCAAAGAAAGGUUGAUGAGAUGAAAUUGAAAAGGAUUCGUGAAGACCUACAGGAUAGAGUUGAUUAUUUGAAGAAGCAAGCAGAAAGCUAUGAUGACAAGGGGCCCGUUAUUGAUGCUGUUGUAUGGCAUGAUGGAGAGGUGUGGAGGGUUGCUCUUGACACACAGAGUCUUGAGGAUGACCCCAAGUGUGGGAGACUUGCUGAUUUUGUUCCUCUAACUAAUUACAAGAUUGAACGGAAGUAUGGUAUCUUUAGCAAGUUAGAUGCUUGCACGUUUGUUGCCAAUGUUUAUAAUGAAGGUACUAUCUUGAGUAUCGUUACUGACAGCUCCCCACAUGGCACUCAUGUUGCUGGUAUUGCCACUGCCUUCCACCCUAAGGAACCAUUGCUCAAUGGAGUUGCUCCUGGAGCACAGGUGAUUUCAUGUAAGAUCGGAGACUCACGCUUAGGUUCAAUGGAAACUGGAACAGGCCUGACACGUGCACUAAUUGCCGUUGUGGAGCACAAAUGUGAUCUAAUCAACAUGAGUUAUGGAGAAUCCACGAUGUUGCCGGACUAUGGCCGCUUUGUGGAGCUUGUUGAUGAGGUGGUAAACAAAUACCGUGUAGUAUUUGUUAGCAGUGCUGGCAACAAUGGGCCUGCAUUGACCACUGUGGGGGCGCCUGGGGGUACCACAUCAAGCAUAAUAGGAGUUGGUGCUUAUGUCUCUCCUGCUAUGGCUGCUGGAGCUCAUGCUUUAGUUGAGGCUCCUCCUGAAGGGCUCGAGUACACUUGGUCUAGUCGAGGACCCACUGCUGAUGGGGAUCUUGGUGUGUAUGUAAGUGCUCCUGGUGGGGCUGUGGCGCCUGUUCCUACAUGGACUCUCCAGCGGCGCAUGCUUAUGAAUGGUACAUCCAUGUCUUCCCCAUCUGCAUGUGGUGGAGUUGCUCUGGUCAUCAGUGCAAUGAAGGCUGAGGGGAUUCAGGUGAGUCCGUAUAGCGUGAGGAAGGCUCUUGAGAACACUUGUACUCCGAUUGGCUGUUUGCCAGAAGAUAAACUAUCUAAUGGAGAAGGCCUUCUUCAAAUUGACAAGGCUUUCGAGUAUGCCAAAAAAUCAGCUGAUUUGCCAUGCGUUUGGUACAAGAUAAAGAUCAGUCAGGCAGGAAAAUCAACAACAACAUUGCGAGGCAUAUACCUAAGAGAGGCUAGCUAUUGCAAUCAAUCUACCGAGUGGACAGUGCAAGUUGAACCACAAUUCCACGAAGGCACAAGUAAUUUAGAACAAUUGGUCCCAUUUGAAGAGUGUAUCGAGUUACAUUCUAGUGGAAAGGAAGUAGUGAGAGCUCCAGAGUAUCUUCUUCUGACUUAUAAUGGGCGUAGCUUCAAUGUGGUCGUGGAUCCUACAAAGCUUAGUGAUGGUUUACAUUAUUUUGAAGUGUAUGGGAUAGACUGCAGAGCCCCAUGGCGUGGUCCUCUUUUUCGAAUUCCAAUUACUAUAACGAAGCCAAAAGUUGUGGAAACUCGGCCACCUCUGGUUACAUUUUCUGGACUAUCUUUUCAGCCAGGCCAUAUCAUACGCAAAUACAUUGAGGUCCCAUAUGGGGCUAGCUGGGUUGAGGCAACCAUGCGUACGUCAGGGUUCGACACGGCUAGAAGAUUUUACAUUGACACUGUCCAGCUCUCUCCAUUACGGAGGCCUAUCAAGUGGGAAAGUGUUGCAAUAUUUUCUUCUCCAUCUACGAAGAGCUUUACCUUUUCCGUGGAGGGUGGCCGGACAAUGGAAUUAGCAAUAGCUCAAUUCUGGUCUAGUGGUGUAGGAAGCCAUGAAACUGCUGUUGUUGACUUUGAGAUUGCAUUCCAUGGGAUAGACGUUAGCAAAGAUGAAGUGAUCCUUGAUGGAAGUGAAGCACCUGUUAGAAUCGAAGCCCAAGCUUUAUUAUCAUCUGAGAAACUUGCUCCUACCGCGAAGCUAAACAAGAUUAGAGUCCCGUAUCGUCCUACUGAUGUGAAAUUAAGUGCUCUUUCAGCGGAUCGAGAUAAAUUACCCUCUGGCAAACAGAUACUUGCAUUGACGUUGACUUACAAGUUCAAGUUGGAAGAUGGAGCGGAAGUAAAACCUCAGAUUCCCUUGCUUAACAAUCGUAUCUACGAUAACAAGUUUGAAUCCCAGUUUUAUAUGAUUUCAGAUUCAAACAAGCGUGUAUAUGCGAUGGGUGAUGUCUACCCGGAUUCCGCAAAAUUGCCCAAGGGUGAAUACACUUUGCAACUGCACUUGAGGCAUGAGAACAUGCAGUAUUUGGAGAAAUUGAAGCAAUUAGUGUUAUUCAUUGAAAGAAAAUUGGAGAAGGUAGAGGCUGUGCAAUUGAGCUUUUAUAAUCAACCGGAUGGUCCAGUCACCGGUAACGGAAGCUUCAAAUCAUCAACUUUAGACCCUGGAUCAAAAGAAGCAUUUUACGUUGGACCACCAACUAAGGAGAAGAUUCCUAAGAAUUCUCCAGAAGGAUCUGUACUGCUUGGAGCAAUCUCAUAUGGAAAGCCAUCGGCUGAGGUUGUAGAUCAGGGAAAUGACCCUGAAAAGAAUCCAGUAUCAUAUGUGAUAUCUUAUCAAGUGCCACCACCUAAGCUUGAUGAGGAUAAGGGUAAGAGUUCUGCUGCUACGAAGUCCACAAAAAGUGUCUCAGAACGUUUAGAGGAAGAGGUGCGUGACGUCAAGAUAAAGGUUCUUGCAAGCCUCAAACAAGAUACAGAAGACGAACGGGAAGAAUGGAAAAAAUUAUCCAUCUCACUCAAGUUGGAAUAUCCAAAAUACACUCCAUUGCUGGCCCAAAUAUUGGAGGGACUUGUAUCUCAGGAAGUAGAAGAUAAAAUACACCAUUAUGAAGAGAUAAUUGCUGCAGCAGAUGAGGUAGUUGAUAGUAUUGACAGAGAUGAGUUAGCAAGAUUUUUGUCUGUCAAAGGUGAUCCUGAUGAGGAAGAAUUUGAGAAAACCAAGAAGAAGAUGGAGAAAACACGUGAUCUACUGGUUGAAGCACUAUACCAGAAAGGUUUAGCUUUAGUGGAACUUGCAUCACUCAAGGGUGAGAUGGCAGUGUUGGCAGCAAACUUAGGUGCAGAAGUUGUGGAUAAACCUGAUGGUGAAUCUUCUCCAGAUCUGUUUGAAGAGACUUUCAAAGAGGUGCAGAAAUGGGCAGAUCCCAAAUCACGUAAAUAUGGCACUCUUUUGAUGAUACGUGAACGACACAAUGGAAGGCUUGGUACUGCACUCAAGGUGGUGAAUGAGAUGAUCCAAGAAGAAGGUGAUCCCCCAAAGAAGCAGCUUUAUGAAGAAAGGGUAUCGGUACUUGAAGAAAUUGGAUGGGGGCAUCUGGUGACGUAUGAGAAACAGUGGAUGCUUGUACGCUUUCCGCCAAGCUUACCUCUAUUCUAAACUAGAUGAGACUUCAAUAAGUUGCAUCUUAAUGUCUGUUUCAUGAUACACAGAUUAAUGGUUGGUAAGAUUCACCUCAAUUUGCUAUCUUUGAUUUUCUUUUUACUUGCAUCUAUUUGAUAGUUAGAUGCAUGAUCAUUUACGAGCCUAAUAAGUCAUACAAACUUGCAAACCGAUUUCCUUGUAGUGUUUAUAGAAUAUUGUUUUAUACAUGAAACAUUUGGGAUU